UAGUAAUACCAGGAGGGCAGUGGAUCAGUGUUACUGAACAAACCAAACCAAACACAUGCACCUGCUGAGAUGAAUGAAUUAACAAUUUAAUGACUAAUGUCCAAAAAUAAAAAAAAGUCAAAUAAAAACUGAGGUUCAAAAAACUGAGCCCAGCAGAGGAAGCAGAAUGGAACGGAAGUGACGCGAUCGUAUCGUCAUCCGUAUGUUGAUGUUUUGUGGCAACAGAAAAACUGAGGGACGGGAAGACGGUUUGUUUUUGUUCUGUUAUCAGCCGUUUUUAACGGUAGAAUCGCCUCGCGUUGAAUUAAACACGCUCCGGGGUGACGGGAGCGAUUUCGACGACGUCAAAGACGCUCGAGUCGGACGUUCAAACGCGUUAGGAGUCGUAAAAACGGAGGAAGCGUCACCCCUGACCCCCCUCCCCGAGCAUGACGAUCCUGCCGAAGAAGAAGCCGAGCUCGUCGGUCGGUGUGUCGGAUCACCCCGACGACUCCGAUCGCCGGACCGGCUCCGACCCGCACCAGCACUCCCACGGCGUCCGGCCGGGUACGAGGCCCAGGGCUUCUCCGCCGCCCUGGUCCUAUCAAGCCGCUCCACCGGCGUCUAGAGAGGACAGGCGGAAUGAAUCUAGCGCCCGGCCGCAGCAGGCCUCUCCUCCGCCGGUGGGCGCCGGGUCCCCGGUCGGCCAGGGGGAUGCGGGCGGUAUGUCGUGCGUGUCCGGGGCUCGAGGCGAGCUGUCGAGCGGGGUGGGAUGCGGAGGAGGGAUGGGAGGGUGCUGUUCGGGGCCCGGGCUCAGUAAGAGGCGGAGACAGGCGACCUGCUCCGGUGGGGUAGCCGGUGGAGGGACCGGACCCGGGGCGUCGGGGGGAGGAAGCGGAGGCGGCGGUGGUGUUGGAGGAGGAGGGGGUUCCAGUCCCGAGCGGGAGGAAGGAGCCGGGUACAACAGCGAGGAUGAGUAUGAGAAUGCUGCCAGACUACAGUCAGAGGACCCGGCCACAGUGGAACAGGAACACUGGUUCGAAAAAGCGCUCGGGGAAAAGAAAGGAUUCGUCAUCAAAAAAAUGAAGGAAGACGGUGCCUGCCUCUUCAGAGCUGUCGCUGAUCAAGUUUACGGAGACCAAGAUAUGCACGAAGUCGUCCGCAAACAUUGCAUGGAUUACUUGACGAAAAACGCAGACUACUUCUCAAACUAUGUCACGGAGGACUUCACUACAUACAUCAACAGAAAGAGGAAGAACAACUGUCAUGGGAACCACAUUGAGAUGCAGGCCAUGGCGGAGAUGUACAAUCGUCCAGUGGAAGUUUAUCAGUACGGCACAGAACCAAUCAACACGUUCCAUGGCAUCCAUCAAAAUAACGACGAACCAAUCAGAGUUAGUUACCACAGAAACAUUCAUUACAACUCGGUGGUGAACCCCAACAAAGCCACGAUUGGAGUUGGGCUCGGACUUCCAGCUUUCAAACCAGGGUUUGCAGACCAGUCACUUAUGAAGAAUGCCAUUAAAACGUCAGAAGAAUCCUGGAUUGAGCAACAGAUGCUGGAGGACAAAAAACGGGCCACGGAUUGGGAGGCGACCAAUGAGGCCAUAGAGGAGCAAGUGGCCAGAGAGUCUUACUUACAGUGGCUUAGAGACCAAGAGAAACAGGCGCGACAGCCUCGUAAGGCCAGCGCGACGUGCAGCUCCGCCACGGCCGCAGCCUCCAGUGGUUUGGAAGAAUGGAAUGCACGAUCCCCGCGGCAACGCAGCUCCGCCCCCUCUCCUGAGAUUCCAGAUCCUUUGCACUCAGACACAACCGCUAAACCGCCCUCUCCGGCCGGAGCGGCCCAUGCGUUAUCCAAACCCCCAUCGCCAUGCACACCAGGUCCCAGUAGCCAGGCUUGUGUUGGACCAGACAGACCCACCUCAUCCUCCCUGGUAUCAUUGUAUCCCGCACUGGGUUAUCGGGCCAUUAUGCAAGAGAUGUCCCCUACUGCUUUUGGUCUUACAGACUGGGAAGACGAUGAGAUAUUGGCUUCCGUUUUGGCAGUGUCACAACAGGAAUACCUCGAAAGCAUGAAGAAAAACGCCAUGCAUAGAGAACCUUCCCCGGACAGCAGUUGAUAAAGGACGGUUCAGCCUCCAUCUGCUCUCUCUCCCUAUCACGAAGAAGGCAGAUUAAUGGGAAUCAACCCGAUCACAUUCUAUCCAUCAUCAUGCAAUCCGCACCGUCUUCCCUCUUCUUCUCCAUUCUUCAUCCAUCUAUCCAUUCAUCGCUCCAUCACUGGCCCCAGUCAUCGAAACGUAAUGUCCCAUUGUUGUGAUCCAUGCCUUACCACUCCUUUCUUUCUUAUGCCAUUCGCGCCAUCUUUGGACUUCUUAGGUGCAUGACUGAUAUCAUUAUAGAAGACAUGGGAAAACGAAAAGAGAUUGAAAAAGUCAUACUUUAUCCUCUUAAUAAUUGAUUAAUAUAAUCUUGUUUUAUUUUAUUUUCUUGUUUGGGAUGAAAAUACUCUUUUGUUCCUUGGAAUAAAAAAG